AUGCCUCGUAAGAAGCGUGCAUCCGUUGUGGACACGCUGCUUAGUGUUAAGGGCGUGGCCAGAUUACUCCGAAAUUUCACAGUGCAAGAUCGAUUGGGGCCUGACAAUCUUGUGGCUACGGAUCUCGAGUCCGAUAGCCGCUACGCCCUCUUCCAAGCCAGUUGCAAUGGCUUCUCUGAACCUUCCACCAGAACCCAGUCCAUUCCUCGUACUCCGACCACUGUCCAACUUCCUACUCAGCGAGGCACCAGAUCUAUGACUUCCUCUUCCAGGGCUGCCGCCAAAUCAAAGUCACCACGCAUUGGUGGGAGUAACAGACGCAAGACCAUGCGUGAAGAUACCAAUCUUGAAUCUUCCGGCUCGGAAAGAUCGAUCAUACGCCAGAAGAAGUCUUAUGGUGAACCAAAAGACGACGAUCGGUUCAAUCGCGAGUCUGCGUCAGUUUUUGCACCGAAAUCGGCCAUCACGAAGAAUGAGCCCCGGAGAGAUUAUGCUAAUGUUUCGGAUGGCUAUCAAUGCCAGACAAAAAAAGUAUACAAUGGUCGUUCUUACCAACGCCAGUUCACCAAACGGGCGCCAGGCCGUCAAGUUCGCUUCGUUAAGUCGAAUGCUCAUCUCCGUGGAUUGGUUGAUAAGCUAUCAACACCUGAGUACGACAAGUUCGAGGCUCACUACCAGAAGAUGCUGGCUCAAAAGCAAGACAAGGGCUUGAAUAAUCCGAAGUCACCUCACUCCCCGUCUCCAACUCCAAACCCGGAUUUCGAUGCACCUCCACUGUCAUCUCAGCCCGCAGCACCUGAAUUGCUUACGGCUCUUUCACUGCCUGCUUCAUCAAUCUCCAUGAAAACUCGUGCACUUCCUUCGGCAUCUGUGCCCAGAUCUAGGACGGCGACAGCGUCUGGGGUAUCGGUUUCCAUGGCAUUACCUUCCGCAUUUCGCACAAAUGCUUCAUCCACGGCUGCCACUGUCUCUUCAGAUUGCGAUUCUACUGCAGUCUUACCCACGGCGUUGAAAACGCCUUCCCAUGCAAUUUCUAGGGCACCGUCUUGUGCAGCUUCUAGGACUCCUUCUAUCACAGUGUCCAAUAUUCCAUCACAUACAGCCUCUAUAGCAGCUUCCCGUACAGAUUUAAGGAGUCCACCUGGUGCAACUUCUAGGACCUCAAAAACUCGACAACAUGGCUGCGAAUCCUUCAUCACUACUCCAGCCGCUGCUUCUAUGAAGCCAACACUGAACUCUCGGAAAAGCACUUCAAAUUGCGUGGACCCCAUCAUGACCCCUCGUCCAGAGUCUACCAAGGUUGCAUCCAUGUACAGGAAUUCGAUAAACGAGGAGUGUUCGCACGCGCAGUCAAACGAGAAGGUUGAUGAGCAUGGCGACAAGCAGCACGGUGUGCAAGUCAAUCAGGGACCGGGUGAGCAGGGUAACGGGCAGGUCGAUGAACACGUUGACGAGCAGUUUGGUCAGCACAUCGACGACCAGGCCAACAACCAGGGUAACAAACAAACCGACUCCCAAGCCAAGAAUUCUGUAUCAACGAGCAGGGAGACUGCAUAUGGCGGGCAUGCAAUUACCCCAGAUGUUGCCAUCAACGGCAACAACGAGACCGGUUCCAACACAUGUCCCUUGAAUGGCCUUCUUCCCGAGGUCUAUGAUUGCAAGCACGACACUCGACAUUGCUUCGCCUGCAGUCGUCCCAGAGACGUGCGGUAUGUCGAUUUCAGGCAUAAUUAUUGCCGCGGAGAGGAACCUCAGCGUAGUCUUUGCCGCACCUGUCAUCGACGCCUUGACCGGGAUAUGGAACUCGACCUAAAGCCCAACAAUAGUAACAAGAGGACGCUCACGGACAUCAAGAAAUUUCACUGGUGCGCGCAGUGUAGCACUAUCAGGUCCCAUAAAUUCCAUGAGCAUUACCCCUCAGGAACGGAGGUCCCUCCUCGUCACCAGCUGUGCCAUCCAUGCUGCAAGUGGGCUAAGCUAUCUCACAAGAGUGAACUUGCCCUUUAUGCCCCAGCUAAAGUGGACGAUGACGCUAGCAACAAUAGCAAGAAGCGAGAAAGUGGUGAUAAGAAGGACCAUGCCGGAAACUCCCUGCAUCGGCAUAAAGACAUCAGACCAGCUGACGAUGGCCCUCGAGAUAGCCCAGCUGUGGUCGAACCCACACCUUCCAACAUCCAAGCUCAGGAAAUGCAAUACCUGAAAGCUUCGGCACCUGUCCUUAGCUCUGAUCCAGGUCAUCAGCAUCAUCCCCCGAAGUCUCAUGCCAUGACCGAAAGUUUGGUAUCACGGCCCGUACCUGAAAGCUCAUCUCAGGGUCAAACUCUGAGGCCUGUCACUUUUUCUGCACCUGGCAAGCACGAUCCUUCUAGUCGUUUAGACGUCUAUUAUUCACAGUCAUGGCAGAUCCCAGUCGACGAUAGUCCUCCUCCUCAACGCAAGAGGUCUACUGCCACCUAUAGCUAUGAUCAAGGUAGCAAGGACCAGCUCCACGAGAAUCUCCAUGUGAACUAUCAUGAGAUCCUUGGCCAAGAGGACGUUUGUAACCAUCAAGCCAAGCACCAUCGUGGCACCCAUGAAAUCAGCUUGCCAGAGAUUUUGCUCACAGUUCCCAUUGGGGACGUUCAUAUAACGCAGCAAACCUUGGUUUCGGAUGAGAUAUGCCCUGGAAGCCCGCUCCACGAUCACCUUUCCCAGUUCUCUUGGAAAGAUGGUGAUGCGCGUCAUCAUUCAGGGUAUCAGCGUCAACCAUCAAUGCAAUCACAUGCAAGCAAUCAGACUGUGCACCCCUCGGACAAUAACUUCACAUCCUGCCGCAACAAAGAGAACUACCCGAAUUACCCUCCUCAACAUGCUACUCCUAGGCAAUUUCAUUGGCCGACUGGGCGGGGAGAGGUGGACAACAACCAGCCCAAAGGGCUCUCCGACAUGUUCUACGAAACAGCUGAGGGCAAGCGCGCCGAUGCCUUCUUUGCCUCCAUGAGCAGCUGGUCAGAGCCUAAUUCCAAGCUGAAACCUCGGAAUGGACCGACAGACAAUUACAACACAUGGCCUCCCGGCUCAUACAAUACAACGGAGCCGGCGGCCUACGAGUACCUAGAGAAACGUCGGUCUAAGAGACCAAGUGUCAUUCCCGGAUCGCUUCCCCAUGGCCACGUGCGCAAUGUUAGCGACUCCUUGUCAGUCGAAACGGUCGGUGUGUGGCAGGGCGUCACUCCAGGAGCGCCUAAAGCGGAGGUUUCAGAGCCGGAAUCUCCAGCUGGUGAAGAGGUUAUCAUUCUUUACCAUUUCCUUAUUACUCCUUCACCUAUUGCCUGCACGUCACUUCCCGGUAUACUGUCUAUCAUAUUCACUGAUCUUCCACAUUCCCCCUCUUCUUAA